AUAUAUGUAUUGAUUUAUUUUUUAUUUAUUAUUUUUGCAACAUGUUUUAUUCCAUUCUGCAUUAAGCCCACGUGCCAUUUACAGUUUGUGAAAUAAACUUGAAUAUGUGGUAAUUUCUUAUUUGCGGACCAGUGGCUGGAGCAGCUGGGAACCACUGUCUUAGAUGAUCAAAUAAAUCGCAUUUAAUGUGUAAACUGCAUCACGAUAAUAAAAGUCCCAUGCAUGUCUGUGUUUGUGACUGAGGUGUGUGAAUGCAGGCUGCUCAUGCAGAGGUGCCUGUGGCUGCAGCAGGACCUCCUCCCCUCCUGCACCCUCCUUGUGUGCGCAGUUUUGCUGCAGCCCGGAGCCAAGCACAGCUGCCCGGUACGACCAGCGGCAAACAUCCCUGACUAUCCGGCUACACCGUUAAACACCCACCGUAAGCUGCAGUUUCCGAGCAAAAACAGACAUCUAGGAAAGACAGCGAGCCGGAUUUCAGGACCAUGUUGGUUGAAAAGAUUUAGAGCAGUGAUACUCAACCUUUGGCUUGUGGGCCUAUACUACAAAACCAGGUGAAAUUGAAUUAAGCCAAAUCGUAUCCGUUCCCUCUCUAUUUUGGUUCUGACCAAGUGGGUUUUGUUCUACAAAUGGAUAAUGGAGACUGGGGCCAUAGGAUGAGUACUCCUGUUACCUUAAACGUGGGAGGCCACCUGUACACCACCAGUUUAUCCACCCUGCAGCGCUAUCCAGACUCCAUGCUGGGUGCCAUGUUCCGGGGAGACUUCCCCACAACUCGCGAUUCCCAGGGGAAUUAUUUUAUCGAUCGUGAUGGCACGCUUUUCCGCUACAUCCUGAACUUCCUGCGGACGUCUGAGCUUACCCUCCCCUUGGACUUCACAGAGACAGACCUCCUGAGGAAAGAAGCAGACUUCUAUCAGAUCGAACCUUUGAUCCAGUGCCUUAACGAUCCCAAGCCGCUGUACCCUCCCGACAUCUUCGAGCAGGUCGUGGAGCUCUCCAGCACCCGGAAACUGUCAAAAUAUUCAAACCCAGUCGCCGUUAUCAUCACACAACUAACCAUAACCACGAAGGUCCACGGCCUGCUGGAGGGUAUUUCCAACAACUUCACCAAAUGGAACAAACACAUGAUGGACACCAGAGACUGCCAGGUGUCAUUCACCUUCGGACCAUGUGACUAUCACCAAGAGGUGUCCCUAAGGGUUCACCUCAUGGACUACAUCAUGAAGCAAGGCUUCACCAUCCGAAACACACGUGUGCAUCACAUGAGUGAGCGUGCAAAUGAGAACACGGUGGAGCAUCACUGGACUUUUUGUAGACCGGCUCAUAAAGUUGAAGACUGAGUUACAGCAGAGUGAGUGACAUUACUGUUUGAUUUGUCUUCAUAAUACAAAAGUCAUUAUCAAAAACAUAAGAAUUUUGACCUCUUUUUCAGUAAUGUGUCACAUACAGUGGUUUUGUUUUCUUGUUUUGGUCAAUGUGGCACCGUGGCACAAGACUCAAAAGUCCAGACAGAUCGCAUAAAAACAAUGAAAAUGUGAAUUCUUGAUUUAUUCACCUGUUUGAGUGCAAGAACACUUUCAUAUCUGUGCUACCACUACUUUAAUCUCUAAACUCUUCUUUGAGGUGAAAGGAUAACUUUUAUUUUUCAACUUUGAUCUUUGUUCCUUUUUUCUCAUGUAUUUGUGUCUAAGAGACUAAUGUCAUCAACAGUUACUGAAAUUUUGGUCCAGUUCUGAGAAAGAGGGCAGCAGCUGUGCAGUGUGUCGCAAUGUAAACAUAUGGCGACAUUGAACACCGUCACUGUAUCUCAGUUUUGGUUAUUGUGCCACAGACAGACUCAGAUUGUUGCUAUAAGUGGCUGAAGUGUUUCUUUACCUUUUGCUUGAUCCAGUCUGCUGUUAUUUUCUAGGGCUGUGUGCUGUGCGAACAUUCUGCUGAGCCCCAUUCAAACUUAAAAACUUAAAAAAAAAAAAAAACCUCUUAAUCUUCAAAUAUUUGAAAUUAACUGCCAAAUCUGAUGAGAUUGGCAUAGUUCUGUGCCCUAUUAGUCUAGUUCUGAAAUCUCACUAGAUGUGACAUGUUGCAGGAAGGACAAACAUGGAAAUUUGAGUGUGAGAUGAAGAGAGUGGUAACAGGAGUAGUUUACGGAAAACUUGGUUAAGUGUUAUCAAGAAGAUUGAUGGAUGAUUGUUAAGCUAAAUUCAACAUGUGGUGGAGGCCUUUGAAUUCUAUGGCCGCCCGUAUUUAUUUGAGCCGAAGUAUACAGAUGAACAGCGCCUACUUAUUGAAAAGUAAACAAGGGGCGGAAAAGGAUCAACAGGCAGCAAAGGGUAAACAAGUUGCGGUCAGGCUGUUUUCUGUAAACUACCACCACUCUCCAGCUCUCACUCACAUUUCUGCGCCUUCCUGCAACAAGUCACAUCUGCGUGAGAUUUCAGAACGGGACUUCUGCUUGAUGAGAAAUAAAAAACUGGAUCAAGUAAAAGGUAAAGAGACACUUUAGCCACAUAAAAUGCCAAACUGAGCCUGUCUGUGGCAAGAAUAACCACUUAAAAUGAAGAAAUAGUGACAAUGUUCAAUUGCCCCAUAUGCUUACAGUGCGGACCAUUGCACAGCUUCCGGCUGCUGCCCUUUAGCUCAAUACUGGGCCAGUUUCAAAAACUGUUCACAUCAGUUAGUUAAACACAUGUAUGAGAAAGUAGGAUCCAGGAAAAAAAAUGCUGACGUUAUUAUCUAAUGUCUCCAAAACAAAAAACAGCUUUCUUAUGAAGCAGAAAGACCCUAUAGAAAUGAUUUUAUUACAGCUUUAUUCAUUUGGGAACACAAUUAUACUCCAACAAUGCUAACAAUGUGGGUACAUUGAUUUUUAUAGAAACAGUUGCAAUUAAAUGUGGUUCUAAUAAAUCUGUUUACUCCAAAGUCAAUAAUAAAGUGAUUGUAAACAGAUAGUCAUGGUUUGAGACUUUAUGCCAACAUACAGUAUCAAAUCUAUGCCUUAACCUGCAUUAAUCUAUAUUAAGGUCAUAAUUUGAGGUGAAAGAGGAGAAAAAAAAGUUUGUCCCCCUACACAAGCUGUUUUGGUCAUGUUGUGGACCAGAAACACUGAACAAAGACCUUUUUUUGGAUUCAGAAUUGUCAGGAGUGAACCUUUUUUAAUAGUAAUAAUAAUAAAUUAUGAUAAUCUUUAGCCCAAUUUAUAGUAGAUCUUAAAAUUAGUCUUAGCUCUCGUAUCUCCUUGUAUGGUACUAUUUCUGAAGACCAUAGUCGUUGUUGCAUGUGUCUGAGUGUCUUGUGUAUGUAUAUGUAAUUGUGCCCUUUGCAGUAUUAUGUCAUACUGUUACAGUUUAGAGCUCAUAUCAACAGUGAUGUGUUUGGUCAUUCCAGCCAAAAUAAACCCAUUUGUGUAUUUGUCA